GGCUUGGCUAGCAAACAGGGGACCCGAUCCUUCAACUCUGUCCCCUCUCCCUGUGGGACGCAUAUAAGACCCUGGUCACACCUGCAAGAUGAGGAGAGGAGGUCUGCAGCAAGAUGGAUGCGGGCAGCAAGGAGGUCUUGAUGGAGAGCCCACCGGACUACUCGGCAGCCCCCCAGGGCCGGUUCCGCAUCCCCUGCUGUCCGGUGCAUCUCAAACGCCUUCUCAUUGUGGUGGUGGUGGUGGUCCUUGUCGUCGUGGUGAUCGUAGGGGCCCUGCUCAUGGGUCUCCACAUGAGCCAGAAACACACCGAGAUGGUCCUUGAGAUGAGCAUCGGGGCACCAGAAGCCCAGCAACGCCUGGCCCUCAGUGAGCAUGCGGGUGCCACUGCCACCUUCUCCAUCGGCUCCACUGGCAUCAUCGUGUACGACUACCAGCGGCUCCUGACUGCCUAUAAGCCAGCCCCAGGAACCUACUGCUACAUCAUGAAGAUGGCUCCAGAUAGCAUCCCCAGUCUCGAGGCUCUCACUAGAAAAGUCCAGAACCUACAGGCCAAACCUGCAGCGUCUAACUCCAAGUUGGGCCAGGAAGAGGGGCACAAGGGAGGCUCUGAAUCCUCAAGAGGAGACCUGACCUUCCUGGGCCUAGUUGUGAGCACCCUGUGUGGAGAGGUGCCUCUCUACUACAUCUAGGACUCCCAGGAUCUGUGGGAGUGAACCAGGCAGGAAAGAUCUUCCAGCAAAGGGUCUUUUGCCUGCUGCGGGCAGAAGCUGCUCCAGUCCACACCCCAGGGACAGGCCCUGGAGAAAUGGAAGCGGUGGGAGAGGGUGGGAGGGGAGGGGGCAGAGGAGAGGUGGCUCC